AUGAAGGCAUUAGAAUCAUUAGGGGAGAGGCCAAGUCAAUGGGGAGCAUUAUUAAUGCAUUUGGUCGUAUCCAAGUUGGACACAAAGACGAUGAGGGAGUGGGAAAUCUCAUCCUCAAAAACAGAAGUUUUUAGUAUUUCAAACCUUACGAAUUUUCUACAAUCUAGAUUCCGCCUUUUAGAGGCAGUAGAGACGUCUCAACAAAUUAACUCACUUCAAGAAAAUAAUCGCAUGGCAACUUAUGCGAACAAAAAGAAGCGAUCCAGCGUAUUAAGUUAUUUCUGUAAACAAGCUCACACUAUUUAUCGCUGUCCGUCGUUCCUAGGAUUAGCGAUUGCUGAUCGAAUAAAACGAAUAACCGAGCUCAAGCUAUGCAAAAUAUGUCUAAGAUCACAUGAAGGAGAAAGGUGUCAUUCGAGGCGCUGUACAAUAUGUGGGCGCCCGCAUAAUGGAUUAUUACAUUUAUCGCGUUCCGAGAAGCCAACCAAACAAACCGCGUCGCACAUUAAUGAGGUUAUUGACCGCGACGACGGGAAGGAAGGCGAAAAUAGCAAUAAUACAGCUGUAUCAGUGAGUGCGUGUGCUUACCGUUUAGCAAUGGCUGACCCUGCAUUCGGCACACCACAAGCCAUAGAUAUGAUACUCGGUGCAGAAAUAUUUUUUGAUUUAAUUAAUAAAGAGCAAAUACGUCCAAUGGCUCACGGGCCAGUCUUACAGAAUACGAAAUUAGGAUGGAUCAUUUCCGGCCCAGUACCACAUUCUACUGUUUUUUGUGUAGAAACUAGUGUAUCGUUAUUCAUCCGCACGUCAUCGACAUUCGAAACAAAAACACUAGAAGAGCGAAUGGCCGCAUUUUGGCGCCUCGAAAAAUCGCGGCUCAAGUUAGGAAAUUCGUACGAUAGAGAGUUGCGCAUAUUUACGUCAUUGGAAAGACGCUUUCAAGCAGAUAAAAACCUGAAAGAAGAUUACGUUAAGUUUAUGAACGAAUAUAUAGAGCUCGGGCAUAUGUCGAUCACGAACUCUGUUCCAGCGGCGGAUCAGUGUUAUUACCUACCGCAUCAUGCCGUGUUUAAAGACAGGUCCAUGUAUACAAGAGGAAUUGGUACGGGGUUUAGAACGCACAGGUAUGCUAUUACCGCAGAUAUUAAAAAAAUGUACAGACAAAUUUGGGUCACUGAAAGUCAACGCGAUUACCAACGUAUUUUGUGGCGAGAAAAUCCCGACCAGCCCCUAAAUACAUAUUGUUUAAAAACGGUGACAUACGGCGUAAUAACCGCAUCGUAUUUGGCUACAGCAUGCAUAGACAAACUGUCAAGUGAUGAAGCUCUGCAAUUUCCCGAAGCUUGUAGAGCUUUGAAACAUGAUUUCUACGUCGAUGAUUUCCUAGGCGGUGCAGGAUCGAUAUCGGAAGCACUAAAGCUACGUGAUGACUUAAUUAAAGUUUUACAAAAAGCCGGUAUGGAAUUAUGUAAGUGGUCUAGUAAUGACCCUAGAUUGCUAGAAAGCGUUGAUACGGCAACAAUUAAUGUAAAUGCUAAUGACAUUUUAAUGGACGUUGAAAAUACUACCAAAUUAUUAGGUAUGUAUUGGAACCAAAAUAUUGAUGCUUAUCAAUAUACUAUACGGCCGUUCAACGAAAAUACGCGUAUUACGAAGCGAGUAAUAUUAUCCGAAAUAGCAUCAGUGUUUGACCCACUGGGCCUAAUUAGCCCUGUAAUAAUUAAGUUUAAAAUAAUAAUUCAUCGGCUAUGGCAAUUAAAUACGAGUUGGGAUGCUGUGCUACCGUCAAAUAUCGAGAAGGAAUGGAGAGACAACCAUCGCACAGUGGGAGGAAUUGAGGUUUUACCGCGACAAAAAUAUAUUUCAUGA